AUGGCCUCGAAAUGCACAGGUGAUUGUCUAAACAUCAAAAGCGACGCCGCUUGCGUCCGGCCAGGUACGACUUACGCCAAUCUCUACAAAUGGCCGGUGGCCGAGGCGGAGUUCGUACGAUCUAUCAGCCAAGGCGGAAGCCAGCGUCGUAGCACUGUGGUGGACGGCAUCUCUUGUCGGCAGAUGUACCUUAGAAGCUAUACCUUCUCAACAAAAGAGGAGAACAAAGGCGGUGGAGAUCAAGAUGGUGAUGACGAUGGUUGCCAGAGAAACCAAAGGAGAUGUUUUGCAGGAGGAGGAGGAGGUAGGAAGAAGACGGCGAACAAUGGUAUGGGGACGAGUAAAACUAUGUCGUUUGUUGUCAGAGUCUUAUGGAAAUGUUUGACUUGUACUUCCUCUACAAGGGUUAAUGUUGAAGAGUGA